UACAGCUCCACGUACGGAGUAUGACGAAGAAGAGAGCUGGGAGCGCGCGAAACAUCAGGAAUGGUCCAUGGCAUCUGUUGACGAGUUUGGCUAGAGGCAUGAGAUAGGUUUUGCAAGCGAUGGCUUCGGGAUGAGCAUCUGGGAUUGAGGAAGACUGAAAGUACGGCUGGGAUUGCAAGCAUUGGGCCUAUAAAGGAUCUCCAAUGGUUUUUAGACGGGUCAGAUUGAGAAAAUCGGAUAAACACGAUUUUUAAAUUAUAUUAAGAAGAUAAGCACUCCAUUACUCCGCUAAUCCAGUUUUAGAAGUUAUUUUUCUAUUUUAUUUCUUUCCUGUAAAUCAGCUCUAUAUAAUCUUAUAAGCAUUGUGAAUUCACGGCUGUUUUAGAAGUCUACUUCCAUUGUCUCUCUCACGCUUUCUAGGUUUGCCGAGUGAGUUUUUUUGGUUUUAUCAAUACUUUAUCUUCUUCUUCUUUCUUUUUACUUACUUUCUCUGAGUUUUGGGGUUUCCUUAAUGGUGUUAUGAGCCAAUGAUUCAUUUCCGGGACUUCGUUAAUAUGCAAUAUAUGUGUUUGAUGAUUGAUGCUUAAGGUUGAUGAUCGUUUGUUCAUCUCAUCGUGUAUGUUGCAGAGGUGUUACGAAUGAGAUGCGAAACAUGAAGACGGAAGGAGUUUUGUUGUUUGUUCUCUGUUUAAGUGCCUUCUCCCUUUUAGUGCUUGCUGCUCCACCAACAUGUCCUUCCGAUUUCGCGGGGCAAUGUGGUGCAUCAGAUGAAUGGGAAGGGGAAUUCUUCCCUGGAGUUUCCAAGAUUAAAUAUGAGGGUCCUGCUAGCAAGAAUCCACUUGCAUUCAAAUGGUACAAUGCGGACGAGGAGAUUCUUGGGAAGAAAAUGAAGGAUUGGUUUAGAUUCAGUAUUGCAUUUUGGCACACAUUCCGUGGCAAUGGAGGUGAUCCGUUUGGUUCACCUACAAAGUUUUGGCCAUGGGAAGAUGGUACCAAUUCAUUGUCUAUGGCCAAAAGAAGAAUGAGAGCCAACUUUGAGUUCCUAGAGAAGCUUGGAGUUGAUUUGUGGUGUUUCCAUGACCGGGACAUAGCUCCAGAUGGCAAAACUCUUGAGGAAACAAACAAGAAUCUGGAUGAAGUGGUUGCCCUUGCCAAAGAGCUUCAGGGAACCAACAUCCAUCCCUUAUGGGGAACGGCUCAGUUAUUUUUGCAUCCUCGUUACAUGCAUGGGGGUGCAACUAGCCCUGAAGUAGCUGUAUAUGCGUAUGCUGCAGCUCAAGUGAAGAAAGCUAUAGAGGUGACACAUUAUUUAGGAGGUGAAAAUUAUGUGUUUUGGGGCGGUCGUGAGGGUUAUCAGUCUCUAUUGAACACAGAUAUGGGAAGAGAACUUGACCAUUUGGCAAGGUUUCUUGAGGGUGCUGUUGCUUACAAGAAGAAGAUUGGAUUCAACGGGACCUUUUUGAUUGAACCCAAGCCUCAGGAACCUACCAAGCACCAGUAUGAUUGGGAUGCUGCAACAUCAGCUAACUUUUUGAGAAAGUAUGGCCUUAUAGGAGAAUUCAAACUUAACAUUGAAUGCAACCACGCCACUCUAUCUGGUCACACAUGCCAUCAUGAGCUUGAAACUGCAAGAUUGAAUGGUUUACUGGGAAAUAUUGAUGCAAACAGCGGUGAUGCUCAGACUGGUUGGGAUACAGAUCAGUUUCUAACAGAUAUUGGAGAGGCAACUAUGAUUAUGCUGAGUGUGAUUAAAAACGGUGGACUUGCACCAGGAGGCUUCAACUUUGAUGCUAAACUGCGGAGAGAGAGCACAGAUGUUGAGGAUUUAUUCAUUUCUCACAUUAUUGGAAUGGAUACAAUGGCCCGUGGAUUACGAAAUGCUGCGAAGCUGAUUGAGGAUGGAUCCUUGGCUGAGCUUGUUCGCAAGAGAUAUAGCAGUUGGGAUACAGAACUUGGGGCAGAAAUUGAAGCUGGUAAGGCAGACUAUGACAUGCUUGAGAAGAAAGUAAUGGAAUGGGGUGAACCCAAAGUUCCUUCUGCCAAACAGGAACUUGCAGAGAUGAUUUUCCAAUCUGCAUUAUAGAUGCCGGUAUCUAGCUCCAGAUUCAAGGUUCUGAAGCACGCAGCAUUCUGAAUAUUUUAGAUGUUCUACUAAUAAUAAUAAUAGAUACAAGUGGUUAUAGGUUCAAAUUAGGCUAAUAUUUGUUGGCAUUUUUUACCUUCAAGUACAAUUGGCUAGACUAGUUGAGUUUGGUUUCUUCCACAUUGAACUAUUAUGUUGGAAUCUUUUCGUUAUAUGAUAAAACAGCAAACGAUUUUGGUAUCC